GUUUUUCUGGACCGCCCGACAAGGCCCCGUCCUCUGCGAACAUUCAAUCCACCCCGGGCCGAACGGUGUUGCAGAGCUCCCACCGCAACAGACAUGUUUGGGCCGUUCAGGAUCACAAAUCCCCUAAGCGGGGGUCUUCUAUGGAAGAUCCCGUGGCGCCUCUCCCCAACUCAGAAAGCCCGCCAACGGAAGCGGUUACGGGCUGUCGACCAGGUUAUCGAGACGGUUACCAACGCAUUGGCCAAGAAGGGCGAGACACUCAAGUCACUAGACCGGUGGAAGGCCGAGAUGCCGACCGAGGCGGAGAUGCUGCCGCGGGACAAGUACACCAUGUUCGACCGGAAAGCAAAGAGAUAUCGCAAGGGCAUUCACAAGCUUCCCAAGUGGACCCGUGUGUCACAAAGAAUCAACCCGCCAGGCUUUUAGACGAGGAGGGUCGGUUCUGGCGUGUAUAUCCUUUGUAUUAUACCAGUGGCAAUAAACGGCGUUCUCACGGCACCUUGUGCCUAUAUGCAGCCUGGGAGAUAUUCGAGUUUGGCCGAUGGCGGAUGCAUUGGUUAGGUUUAUGGGCCUGGGAACAUAAAAAAAAUAUACUGCCAAAGAAAG